UCGAACUCCAAGGGGAACAUUUCUUCCUAAUGCACUAAGAGAUGUUGCAAGAGUUCUCGUGGGCAGGAGAUCUAGAAUCCUUUCCAAGGGGAAGCUGGAAGCAACUCCAACUUUUGGCGCAGUAAAAGCUCCCAGCUAAGUCUCGGACCGAGUUGCACUGAGUUGUGAUCUCUUAGACACCACCACCAACAUUAAAAAAAAACUCUGCCCCGAGAUACCGAGGGAGAUGAGAAGAUGAAAAAUGGGAGACUGCCAGUAAGGCCACCCAUCUUUUCGCUCACGCACAACUUUAACGGUCCAAUCCCACCAAAUCAAAUUUACCCGGCGAAACCGGACCCCAACUCUCUUUCUUCUGCUCUGCAGCACUACAUUCAGUCUGAUUUCCCUUUCGAAGGCCAAAAGAUCCAUGCCCACAUCCUCAAGAUUGGAUUCACGCCUAACACCAAUAUCUCCAUUAAGCUCCUUAUUCUUCAUCUAAGAUCUGGUUGUUUAACCUAUGCACGCCAGGUUUUCGAUCAAAUGCGAAAGCCCACCAUCUCUUGCUAUAAUUCUUUAAUUGCGGCCUACCUAAAACAAGACCAAAUAGAAGAUUCAUUGGAUUUAAUUCGUAAACUCUCUUUCUCUGAUGAAAGACCAGAUGGGUUUACAUUCUCGACAAUUUUAAAGCUAUCUACCACGACUAAAAUGACUGCAAUGGCAACUGGAAAUAAUUAUUCACUGUCAGGUGGAAUAGAAAAACAGGUGCAUGCCCAGAUACUGAAAUCGAAUAUUGAAUCAGACGAUGUUCUAUUCACAGCUCUAGUAGACUCCUAUGUGAAGAAUGGCAAGGUUGAUUAUGCGAGGAAAGUAUUUGAUACUAUGUUUGAAAAGAAUGUUUACUGUUCCACGGCAAUGAUCUCCGGGUACAUGAAUCAAGGGUCUGUGGCAGAUGCUGAAGACAUCUUCAACAGAAUAAUUAACAAAGAUAUAGUUGUUUUUAAUGCAAUGAUUGAAGGCUACAGCAAAUCCCUUAAAACAGCUAUGAAAUCCAUCCAACUUUACAUAGACAUGCAAAGGUUGAAUUUCCAGCCAAACAUAUCGACUUUUGUGAGUGUAAUUGGGGCAUGCUCUGUCUUGUCAGCAUUUGAACUCGGUCAACAAAUCCAAAGUCAACUCUUAAAGAUGAAACUCUUCACAGAUGUGAGACUAGGAAGCGCACUCACAGACAUGUACUCAAAAUGUGGGAAGACUGAGGAUGCAAGGAGAAUCUUCGAUCACAUGCCAGACAAGAAUGUCUUUUCUUGGACUUCAAUGAUUGAUGGAUAUGGGAAGAAUGGAAAUCCCAGUGAAGCACUUGAACUCUUCAACAAGAUGCAAAACGAACACUGUAUCAGACCCAAUUAUGUCACAUUCCUAAGUGCUCUUUCAGCUUGUGGACAUGCUGGGCUAGUUGCUAGGGGUCAGGAGGUUUUCAUGAGCAUGGAGAGAGAUUACUCACUCAAACCAAGGAUGGAGCACUAUGCUUGCAUGGUUGAUCUCCUGGGGCGUGCAGGGAGUCUCCAUCAGGCAUGGGAGUUCAUAAUGGGAAUGCCUGAGAAGCCCAAUUCUGAUGUCUGGGGUGCUUUGCUUGGUGCAAGCAGGCUUCAUGGUGAUGUAGAAAUGGCGAGCAUUGCAGCCAAUGAGAUUUUCAAGUUGAGAAGUGAUGGGAGGCCUGGAGCUUAUAUCGCAUUGUCUAAUACUUUUGCAGCUGCUGGGAAAUGGGAUGGUGUGAGUGAAGUUAGGGAGAUGAUGAAGGAGCGAGGGGUUUCUAAAGAUACUGGUCGCAGUUGGGUUGGGACAGACAGCGGUUUAUGUGGUUUCCAUGUUGGGCAAAAUGUGUGAUUAAGCUUGUAAGAUGAAGGUGAUGUAGGAAUCUCUUUUAUAGCUUUGUAUUAUACAUUCAUGAGGAACGACCAGCAAAAGUCGUUCCUAUUUCUAGUUGGCAAUAGAGUCAUCUACUGAUUUUAUUUUUCA